GCUGAUCGCGAGACGGCACACUCACGGGAACACCUCGCGGAAGCUGCAGAGAGAGAGAGGCCGAGGGGACGAGAGAGAGCGAGAGACAGAGGGAGAGAGAGAGAGAGAGAGAGAGCGCGAGCGAGCGAGAGAGAGGAUGCUGUUGAUCCUUUCGGACACCGCGAGUUUAAAUGUGAUUUUCGCACCGAGCUGAGAAGUCGCUGUCAACAGGAACCACGGACUAUUCCUGCGACAAAGAAGGGGAGGACAAGGUGCCCGACAUUAUAUUUUGAAAAGCUCCCCAAAUCCUCCUUCCAUAUUUUCCCUUCUUAAUUUCCUCCCCUCCUCUUCCUCCUCCGCCUCCUCUUCCUCUCUUUGAAAGAGGCCCAACAUUCUUCCAUCACCGGUUGUUUUGUUUAUUUAUUUAUUUGUUUAUUUUGACGGCUCGCGAGCUCCCGGUCUGUCGCCCGCUCGUGCGCACGGAGAGCGCGAGGCACCCCCCUUCGGGAGGGAGCUGUCCGGUGCUGAAGUUGCAUUUCUCAUCUUUCUACGAACAAGGACUAGAGACGUACCGAUCCACGAGCGGCGUUUGAAGGGAAAGUACCCACCGGACUCACCCACGGCUCGUGCUUUCUUUCCCCCACCAAAAAAAAAGCAAACCUGCAGACAAGCUUGCUCCGGUUCGCCCGUCUCGUUGGCGUGCUACGGGCGAAUCACCACGCUGGCCAGGCCGUCGGCGAUCGGCUGUGUUUGUGAGCUCGUGUCGGUCGCUGCGUUUGUGAGAGCGCGUGUCGGUGUCGCACCACCAUGCCAAGAUCCUUCCUGGUGAAAAAGGUGAAACUGGAUGAUUUCUCCACCGGGGCGGAUUUGGAGAACGCCUACCGGCACAGGACGGACCUCAGCCUGCGGCUCCAUGACAAAGCUGCCUACAUCAGCGACUACAUCAGCCCCGUCGUGUACGAUGGGGAGAGCGACAGUGGGCUCAAGGUGCCCUCCCCCGACCCGCUGUACGACGGCAUCCACAGCGACUACGGCGCCCCCGACUCGGAGUCGCCCGACAGCCCCAGCUCGGAGCUCACCGACGGCUACAUCAACGGCGACGCCGCGGUGAGCGAGGGCUACGCGGUCGACGCCUUCUUCAUCACCGACGGCCGCUCGCGGAGGAAAGCGCUGGGCAGCCCGCGCAGCAUCCAGCGGCACACGUGCAGCGAGUGCGGCAAGACCUACGCCACGUCUUCCAACCUGAGCCGGCACAAGCAGACGCACCGCUCGCUGGACAGCAAGCUGGCAAAGAAGUGCCCCACGUGCGGCAAGGUGUACGUGUCCAUGCCCGCCAUGGCCAUGCACCUGCUCACGCACGACCUCAAGCACAAGUGCGACGUGUGCGGCAAGGCCUUCAGCCGCCCGUGGCUGCUGCAGGGCCACAUGCGCUCGCACACGGGCGAGAAGCCGUUCGGCUGCGCCCACUGCGGCAAGGCCUUCGCCGACCGCUCCAACCUGCGCGCGCACAUGCAGACGCACUCGGCCUUCAAGCACUUCAAGUGCAAACGCUGCAACAAGACCUUCGCGCUCAAGAGCUACCUGAACAAGCACUACGAGUCGGCCUGCUUCAAAGGGCCCUUCUCUCCCCUCGGCCCGCUAGAUGCAUGACCCCCCGCGUAGAUAAGGCAACAGACACAAACCAUCAUUAUCCUUCCAGACUGAAGUGCAGACAAAAACUAAUCUAUUUUUGGUCGGAAUACGACCUUGCUUCUUGUCCCCUCCCUCCGACGCCCCCCUUCCCCUCACCCGACUCCUCGCUUUCCCUUGGAGCCUGUUCAUGAUGAUGACGAUGAUGAAGAUAGCACAAUUUUUCUCCUUGAGAUUUGCCCACUUAAGGAUUUAACUGAUUGACGCAUGCACUUCCUACAGACUGCUCACCUCCUCUUCUGUCGGCUCUGGAGAGAGACAAUGAAAGUGCCGUGGUUUCCUCCUGGCAUCUGAACACACUACGACUCCACAUAUUCUGGGACAGUGAUGUUGACGAGGAUGACGACAGAGACAAGUGUAAGCCAAUAGCUACUGGGUUCCUCCCUGCACUGAAACACAGUGAAAGAAAGAAUUUUUUCCUUCUGAGUUUGUUUUUUGGGGAGAAUAAUAGUAACAAUAAUAGUAAUAAUAAUGAUAAUAAUGUUCUGCUGCACCAAGUGACCAUAUUCUCUCCACUGCUGAGGUAAAAUACUAUUUAUUUAUUAAAUUAUGUAUUUAUUUGACCAUUUUAUUUAUUUGUUGUAAGUCUGUGAUUGAUUGACGACAACGGAGUGAUAUCAUUGUUUAUUUGUUGCACUUUAAGUUCUGUAUAUGUAUUUAGAAUAUUUGCCAACUUCUUUCUAUCACUACAGGCCAAAGCAUAUGUCACUUUUUACGUAUGUUUCUUUCCGAUUAUGUUUACUUUUUCUUAUUAGCGUUCUUGCAUGCAAAAAAUAAUGAAAUCUAUGCCAACAUCAUAAAAGCUUAUGAUUUUUUGCCAAAAUCCUAUAGAUAGAACCUGAGGGCAAUAUUUUUCUCUUGGAGCCUCCGUAGGACUCUUUAAAAAGCAAUAAUCACCUAAUGCAUGGUAUUUUAUGAUGAAGUUAUGAAGUAUUACCUACUACUGUAUAGCAGUUUAAAAUCAGGUAUGUUUUACUUCACCUAUAGUCAUAAACAGAAAAAAUGCUAAUAUUACAGACAUCAGGGAACAUGCCAAUGUAGUGUUAGAGUAACAAAAAGAAAAGUCCUGUCUUUCCUCUCCUGUUAUGCACUGCCUGCCUCUUAGUGAGUAGAACAAACGUAGGACGUAGGCUAGCGAGGCUGGGACCGGCUGCCUGCUGGGUGUGAGGCCUAUUGUAGGAUAACUAUAACCCUGACAGACGUGCACAGGAAGACUCCAGCAUGAAACAAGCCUGCUAACCACAACCGAGGGAGGCCUCGCCUUUAAACAGGCCUCCCGUCAUUUUACUCACAACGGAUCAUGGGUGAUUCACCAGUUCGCUCUUUCUCCGACUUUCUCUGACUGACGUGCCAUGCAGCCACAUAACAGCAGGCCUUUAGAUGACGGCUCCGUAUCUCGUCAUUCUCUGGCUCCAACCUAAACACUACAAACAUAAAUGACGUUAACAAAGCCAUCAGGUUGGAGAUGUGCACUAACCCAAAGGAUGAGCAGCAUCCACGGUGUUACGCUUGCUGAAAAAGUCCGUGUAAAAGUUGGGUACAUUGUUGAAGUUGGACCAAGGUCAACUUUAAAUGCAAUGCAUUAUUCAGCUCCCCCUCUGCUGCACUUCCAGCCCAUAGAGCGUGCAUUGUGAAACCACAGAGGAAGCAUGCACUUUAGCUCCACGGCUUGAUGACUGCAGCUUAACCGUUACACUCCCAUGCUGUAGAGACACGAGUCUGAGUCCUGACUAUUCUGCAGCAGGCCACAUUCCUCCCCGCCCCACGGCCAACGUACCUACAGACAGGCUAACGCUACUCUAAUUAGCCCACACCCGGUGAGCGCGUGAACAUUCGGUCCACGCGGGCCCCAACCGGCGCCGCUGAACCCAGUUCUCUGCAGCUCAGAAACCUUUUGUGCAGAUUCACGGAGCUUCCCAGGAAACAGACCGGCGACACAAUAACAAGAAAACGAUAAUAAAGUGCUUGUUUAUGUAUAUUGCCAUAAUGAGUACCUUCACUUAGACGCAUUCAUUUGCACAAGUGCAAAAUACAGUGCCUGCUGAUGAGCUGUUGGUAGUGACACAACCCAUGGCCAAGAUUCUAACAACUGACAACUGGAGACUUUGAAAUUCAGAUCUGAAUCUGUUGCAGUGUUUGUUCAGUGUUGGUGUGAUGUCCAGCAUCAUUUGGAGCUGGACGGACAAAAGCGGAGUCUGCCCCGAUAAAACCACUCAUUACCAGACGUUCUCCGUGAUACAUUUUGUGUUUGUGGCAUAUUGAGAUACAGCGGUAACUUCCUCUGAGGUUGGGAAGAAGCUUUUUGGAGGGCGUUUUAGCCGUGAAGCAGAUUUUGGUGCGACUGCAUUAAUCAGUCGUGAGUCAACAAAUUGCAGGUCUCAUUUCUCCCCCUGAUGUGUGAACUCGAUGGUUUAUAAGCAAAACGACCAAACCUCGACUACUUCACGCACACAGCUGGACAGGCUGCCUUCGUACAGUAUCUGCUAGAGAUGUAAAUGCUUUUAUUUCACUCACUAAGUCAAAUCCGCUCCCCUGAAUUAGAAAACAGUGGAUUCGCGGCGCGGCGCGAACAGCGUCGCCACACGAGCUCGGAGUCUCGUGGCGGCGGCGGCGGCUGCAGCUGCUCGGCUGCCGUUCAGUAUUUGGCCAGCGUUGUUGUUGCACUUGCGCGUCUGUCUCUGGGCGAGCUCCAGUCGGUCUGUUCUCUCCAAGCACUUCCAUUUUAGUCAUCUCCACCUUUAAGAAAGUAGCACAAUGAAACUAACUAGAAUUCAGGUAGAGAAGAAUUAAAAACCUUGUACUAGAUUGACCUAUCUUCUUUUUUUGUAUUUCCAAGUUAAAGAAGGAUGAUAACCUAAGUAAUCAUUUAUUGCAAAAGGGUUUGUAGAGAAUCCUUUGGGUUGAGACGUUUUUACUGCUGUAUAUCUGACACACCUUAUCUCGGGAGGCUUGGAUCUCUGGUGCAGAGAAACGGCCUCCUGGGUUUUUUUGAGCCAGUAUUCAGACAAUGUAAGCACAAUGAACACAAAGCAUUUUGUGGCACUUAAUAAUAAAGAAUAAUCUUAAUCAACCGAG